AUGGUAAAUGUGACAACGGAUUACAGACACUACAAGCUCGUAUGGAGGACAGCAGGUAUGCGCGAGUGCAUCAGUGUCCACAUCGGUCAAGCAGGAACACAGAUUGGAAACGCCUGUUGGGAACUGUACUGUUUGGAGCAUGGGAUUCAACCCGAUGGCACCGCAAUCAUAUCGGAAUCCUCACCGGAAGAUGAUCGUAGCUCGUUUGCGACGUUCUUCAGUGAAGUUGGUAGCGAAAGACACGUUCCUCGCGCGAUUUUUGUCGAUUUGGAAUCAACGGUGGUGGACGAGAUUCGGACCGGUGUCUAUCGCCACCUGUUUCAUCCUGAGCAAAUCAUUAGUGGUAAGGAAGAUGCGGCAAAUAACUAUGCCCGUGGAUUUUACACGAUUGGUAAGGACCUGAUUGAAAAAGUUCUCGACCGGAUCCGUAAAAUGACCGAUCAGUGCUCGGGUUUUCAGGGGUUUCUAAUGUUUCACUCCUUCGGUGGUGGAACCGGUUCCGGCUUUACGUCGCUGCUGAUGGAACGUUUGUCGAACGAAUAUGGUAAAAAGACGAAACUGGAAUUCGCCGUUUACCCAGCGCCACAUAUUUCAUCGGCAGUCGUUGAACCGUACAAUACCAUUCUGACAACUCAUACGACAUUGGAGCAUUCUGAUUGCACAUUUAUGGUUGACAAUGAAGCCAUUUAUGAGAUAUGCAACAGAAAUUUGGCGAUCGAGCGUCCGUCGUAUAGAAACCUAAACAGACUUAUAGGACAGGUUGUGAGUUCCAUUACCGCAUCCUUACGUUUCAAAGGUGCCCUAAACGUGGAUCUAACGGAAUUUCAGACCAACUUAGUCCCGUAUCCACGGGUUCACUUUCCCUUGACUGCUUACGCUCCAGUAAUCUCUGCUGAAAAGGCGAGACACGAACAGCUCUCAGUCGCGGAGAUCACAAGUGCUUGUCUAGAUCCUUCGAACCAAAUGGUCAAAUGUGAUCCACGCCGGGGAAAAUAUAUGGCAUGUUGCUUACUCUACCGCGGAGAUGUUAUUCCCAAGGAAGUCAAUGCUGCCAUUAAUAAGAUAAAGACUCGAACUUCCGUUCAUUUUGUAGACUGGUGUCCUACCGGCUUCAAAGUAGGUCUGAACCAACAACCACCAUCAGUUGUACCUGGAGGGGACUUGGCAAAAGUACCUCGUGCCUUGUGUAUGCUAAGCAACACAACUGCAAUUGCGGAAGCUUGGAAGAGGUUAGAUCAAAAGUUCGAUUUGAUGUUCGCCAAGCGUGCCUUCGUUCACUGGUAUGUCGGUGAAGGAAUGGAAGAAGGAGAGUUUAGCGAAGCCCGGGAGGAUAUAGCAGCGUUGGAGAAAGACUACGAAGAAGUUGGAUUAGAUAGCAUCGGUGGGGAACAAGACGAUCAUUCAGAUAUAUCUGAAACUCACUAA